UGGCGGCGGCGGCGGAGCGAGAGAGCUGAGAGAGGCGGCGCGAAGGAGGCGCCGAGUUCCGAACCGAGCACUUAGGCCGCGAGCGAGCGAGCGAGCGACUGCGGCGCCGAGCCGAUGAGGAACCCGGAGCUCAGCCAGGAGACGUUGCCGCCUGCGCACCGGCCCUGCUAGCCCCGCCAGCAUCCAGGCAGGUGCCCGCGCUCGCGGCCCAGAGGGACCAUGUUCGGGAAGAAGAAGAAGCGGGUGGAGAUCUCAGCGCCAUCCAACUUCGAGCACCGAGUGCACACGGGCUUCGACCAGAAUGAGCAAAAGUUCACGGGCUUGCCCCGCCAGUGGCAGAGCCUCAUUGAGGAAUCGGCGCGUAGGCCCAAACCCCUGGUGGACCCUGCAUGCAUCACCUCCAUCCGGCCCGGUGCCCCCAAGACCAUCGUGCGCGGCAGCAAAGGCGCCAAGGAUGGGGCCCUCACGCUGCUGCUUGGCGAGUUCGACCAAAUGUCGGUGACACGCUCCAACUCCCUGCGGAGAGACAGCCCUCCGCCGCCGGCACGCACGCGCCAGGAGAACGGGGUGCCCACCGAGCCCCCCGCUGUAACCAGAGCGGGCCCAGAGAGAGGCGGCCAUGGCCGCGGCCCCGGGCGCAGUGAUGGCGGCAGUGGCAGCAGCGGGGACCGGCGGCGAGCGGGGCCCGACAAGAGGCCCGAGUCCUCCCGGGACCAACGCCCCCUCUCCGGGCCCGAUGUCAGUGCCCCAAAGCCUGCUGGUCUGGCCAGCGGGGCAAAGGCGGCAGCGGGCCGGCCCUUUAACACGUACCCGAGGGCCGAUUCGGACCACCCAUCCAGGGGCACCCAGGGGGACCCUCACCAUUCGGCCCCCAACGGGCCCACCCCUGGGGGCCUAGCUGUCCCCCAGUCUUCCUCCUUCCGGCCUCCCACACGAGCCCGCGGUACCCCCAGCCCUGGCGUGCUGGGCCCCCAUGCUUCUGAGCCCCAGCUGGCACCCACAGCCCGCACCCUCUCCCCCCCAGCCGGCCCUCCUGCCCCUGGCCCGCCCGCCCCUGGCCCACCCGGCCCCCGGUCCCCGCAGCGGGAGCCCCAGCGAGUAUCUCACGAGCAGUUCCGGGCCGCCCUGCAGCUAGUGGUGGACCCCGGGGACCCCCGCUCCUACCUGGACAACUUCAUCAAGAUUGGGGAGGGCUCCACGGGCAUUGUCUGCAUUGCCACCGUGCGCAGCUCGGGUCGCCUGGUAGCUGUCAAGAAAAUGGACCUGCGCAAGCAGCAGCGUCGGGAGCUGCUCUUCAACGAGGUGGUGAUCAUGCGGGACUACCAGCACGAGAACGUGGUGGAGAUGUACAACAGCUACCUGGUGGGCGACGAGCUCUGGGUGGUGAUGGAGUUCCUGGAGGGAGGCGCCCUCACCGACAUCGUCACCCACACCAGGAUGAAUGAGGAACAGAUUGCCGCAGUGUGCCUGGCUGUGCUGCAGGCCCUGUCGGUCCUGCACGCACAGGGCGUCAUCCACCGGGACAUCAAGAGCGACUCCAUCCUGCUCACGCAUGACGGGCGGGUGAAGCUGUCAGACUUCGGGUUCUGCGCACAGGUGAGCAAGGAGGUACCCCGAAGGAAGUCCCUGGUUGGCACGCCCUACUGGAUGGCCCCAGAGCUGAUAUCCCGACUGCCGUACGGGCCAGAGGUAGACAUCUGGUCUCUGGGGGUGAUGGUGAUCGAGAUGGUGGAUGGGGAGCCCCCCUACUUCAACGAGCCGCCCCUCAAAGCCAUGAAGAUGAUACGGGACAAUCUGCCGCCCCGGCUCAAGAACCUGCACAAGGUGUCGCCGUCCCUGAAGGGCUUCCUGGACCGCCUGCUGGUGCGCGACCCUGCGCAGCGGGCCACGGCGGCCGAGCUGCUCAAGCACCCGUUCCUGGCCAAAGCGGGGCCGCCCGCCAGCAUCGUGCCCCUCAUGCGCCAGCACCGCACCCGCUGAGCCAGAGCCCUCCGCCAAAGAGCCCGGGGACACC